GAAAUGGCCUUGGUGGAAAGAAGACUUUGGGACCGUAAAGGACUUAAUGAAAAACGAAUUUAAGGCAUCACCUACAGGAGAGGAGUUGCUCCGAGUGUGUUUGACGCCGGGUCUUCCCGGACGUGUGCUUUGCAGUUUCCUUUCCGAUCCAGACGAACCUCUUCAGCCUCCGUAGUCUGAGGACAGAAGUGCCUGUCAAGAUGGAAGUGAAUCCCCCCAAGCAGGAGCAUCUGCUAGCUCUGAAAGUGAUGCGAUUGACUAAGCCUACCUUGUUCACCAAUAUUCCAGUAACCUGUGAAGAGAAAGACUUACCUGGAGAUCUCUUUAACCAGUUAAUGAGAGAUGAUCCUUCAACUGUAAAUGGUGCAGAAAUUUUAAUGCUGGGAGAAAUGUUGACUCUGCCCCAAAAUUUUGGGAAUAUAUUUUUGGGAGAGACCUUUUCCAGUUAUAUCAGCGUUCAUAAUGAUAGCAAUCAAGUUGUAAAAGAUAUACUGGUAAAGGCUGAUCUUCAGACAAGUUCUCAGCGUUUAAAUCUUUCCGCCUCCAGUGCUGCUGUAGCUGAACUUAAACCUGAUUGUUGUAUUGAUGAUGUUAUACACCAUGAAGUAAAGGAAAUUGGAACACACAUCUUGGUGUGUGCUGUGAGUUACACAACUCAGGGUGGAGAAAAAAUGUACUUUAGAAAAUUCUUCAAAUUUCAGGUUCUCAAACCACUGGAUGUGAAAACAAAAUUUUACAACGCAGAGAGUGACCUCAGUUCUGUGACUGAUGAAGUAUUUCUCGAAGCCCAGAUUCAGAAUAUUACAACCUCACCCAUGUUUAUGGAGAAAGUUUCAUUGGAGCCAUCUAUAAUGUACAAUGUAACAGAAUUAAAUUCAGUCAAUGAAGCUGGAGAAUGUGUAUCUACAUUUGGGUCAAGAGGAUAUUUGCAGCCAAUGGAUACACGCCAAUACUUAUACUGUCUAAAGCCCAAGAAGGAGUUUGCAGAAAAAGCAGGCAUCAUUAAAGGUGUAACAGUAAUUGGAAAAUUGGAUAUAGUAUGGAAAACAAAUCUCGGUGAAAGGGGAAGAUUACAGACCAGCCAACUUCAAAGAAUGGCCCCAGGUUACGGAGAUGUUAGGCUAUCCUUAGAGGCAAUCCCAGAUACUGUAAACCUAGAAGAACCUUUUCAUAUUACCUGUAAAAUUACAAACUGCAGCAGUGAAAGGACCAUGGAUCUGGUUUUGGAAAUGUGCAAUACCAAUUCUAUCCACUGGUGUGGAAUUUCAGGAAGACAGCUGGGAAAGCUGCACCCAAGUUCCUCUCUCUGCCUUGCCCUUACUCUCCUGUCUUCAGUACAGGGAUUACAAAGCGUCUCCGGCUUAAGACUGACUGACACAUUCUUAAAGAGAACAUAUGAAUAUGAUGACAUCGCACAAGUCUGUGUGGUCUCUUCAGCCAUUAAAGUGGAAGCCUAAAGAAAGUUCCCAGUGCUAAGCUUCUUGUUUGGUCACAGAACUGCUUUCUGUAUUUUUGUUACCUUUGAAAUGAUCAGUAACAAAAAUAAGUCUGUUGUUUAAAUUUGUUGCCUGUAAAACAGUUAAAAUAUUAAAUGCUUGUUUAAAGCUACUGUUUUUCUUGUGAAUUAUACUCUAAAUGAACA